GUAAAAGAUUGGCGUUUUGGAGUUUUAUGAGUAAUGGCAGCCAAAGAACUUGCCAAAGUCAGGAUUAAGUUUGUGCAAGGGGUGAACAACGCAGUUAUUAAGCAGCUCCUGGAUGACAUUUUAGAGGCUGGCAUCGUGAAUGAUGGAGAGAAAGACUCAAUACUUGAGGAGAACGUCAUCAAGACAGACAAGGCACGUGCCCUCAUUGACACAGUGAGGAAGAAAGGAGAUGAAGCCAGCAGGACACUCAUUGCUUGUCUUUAUAACAGAGAUCUUACACUUUACAAUAACCUGGGUCUGUCAUCUGGUCAACCUGCUCAGCCAGCUCCCGAGCCCCCGAUCGAUGAGGAGUGGUCAACCACACUCAAACCAACAACAGAUGCUUUCUGGAGAGAGAAACAGAAUGAUAGAAGUACUUACACUGUGACCAAAGAGACCAUCAGGAGCCGUGUGGCUCUGCUAAUCACUAACAUAGAGUUUACUGACAAGGAAAAAAUCAGAAAGGGAGCAGACAAAGACGAGGAGAACAUGGAGAAACUGCUCAAAGCGCUGGGAUACGAGGUGGUGAAACGCACAAACCUCACUGGAAAGGAGAUCGAAGAAGCUGUAAUUCAGUUCUCUAAACAUCCAAAGCUGAAAGAGACAGACAGCGUGUUUGUGGUUAUCAUGUCUCACGGGGAACUGGGAGCUGUCCGUGGUGUCAACUAUAAAAAGGGCGAUGCAGAAAGAGAAAAGGACAAGUUCCCCAUUGAUGACAUUUACAAACACUUGGACACGUUGCAUUGUCAAAACUUGCUGAACAAACCAAAGAUCAUCAUCAUCCAGGCCUGCAGUGGAGAAAGGGACGGAUCUGUGCUUGUUAGUGAUGUAGCUGUGGUCAGUGAUGAUGCACGACAUCCAGGCCUAUCACUGCCUGCUGAUGAAGAAAACAUUGAGGAUGAUUCUUUGCGCCGUGCACCCAGAGAAAAAGACUUCAUACGUUUUCGCUCCUCCACUCCUGGUACUGUCUCACAUAGAAAUGAUGACGAGGGAUCUUUUUUUAUCCAGUAUAUUGUUGAUGCACUGAACACCUUUGCACAUAAGGAUCACAUUGAGGAACUUUUCAGAAGAGUCAUGGAACGCUUUGAGAGCUUUUCAGUUCCCACCAAGAGAAUAGACGACGAUACACAGAUGCCAGUCAAGGACAGAGACACUCUCUCAAAGAAGUUCUACCUCUUUCCCGGCCUCUGAGACAGGAUCCAGUGUUGUAGCAACUCUGUUUGUUGUUAUAAAGUUAGUAUAUAAUGUAAUGUAAUCUCUCCAGAAUAAAAAUGUUCAACCAUGCA